AUGAAUCGAAAUAAUAAAAUUAUCCGUAUCUAUGAGUUGAUAAAUAGAGAUGAGGUAUUAUUGCAGUCUUUGAAAGCAGGAGAUGAAUAUUUAUGUUCAAAAUGUGAAACAUUCAAGAGUGUUAAUGAAUUUAGUAAAAACCAAAAAUGGUGUAAAGGUUGUAUGAAAACCAAAGUUAGCACUGAAUUGGUAGCAUGUGAAUGUGGUCAAGUAAUGCAUUUAAGAGCCCAUAAGAGGCAUUUGUUAACUAAAUCUCACUCAAAAAGGAUGGAUAAUAUGAGUAAAGAGAACACUCCCCAAGAAUAA